AUGACAAACGAGGAUUUCCGAUCAGAUCUGUGGACACAUGUAUACACAGACGGAUCAGCUACUAGAGCCGUUGAAGACGGAGGAGCUGGGAUCCACAUCAGAUAUCCAUCAGGCAGAAAUGAAACACACUUCAUGGCCACAGGAAAGAGGUGCAGCAAUUACAAAGCUGAGACAGAAGCACUCAUGAAGGCAGCCUCUAUGAUUGAUAACUCACCAGAAGAUACCACCUCAGUAGUAUUCCUCACAGAUGCAAGAUCAGUCCUUGACGCUCUGAUAAACAACACCUCCUCAAAACUAGUUAAACUUAUGACAAGACGCAGCAAUAACCUCAACAUAGCACACCAGUGGAUACCUGCCCACUGUGGAGUGUCAGGAAACGAAGAGGCUGACCAACUAGCCAAACAGGGAGCAAAGCAGAGCAACCAAAUACCCAGGUUACAUACAGAGAGAAAGUCACCAUCAUCAAGGCAAUCACCAGGCCCCAGCAAGAACAAGAUGCUUAUCACCUGCUUAACAGAGCAGAACAAGAAGUGA